AUGGAUAAUGAUAGGUACCAACUUGUGAAGGAUAUUGGGUCAGGCAACUUUGGCGUAGCGAAGCUCAUGCAAGACAAGCACAGCAAACAACUGGUUGCUGUCAAGUAUAUUGAGAGGGGCCACAAGAUUGACCAGAAUGUGCAGAGGGAGAUCAUCAAUCACCGUUGUCUCAACCAUCCAAACAUUGUACGCUUCAAAGAGCUGCUAUUGACACCCACCCAUCUGGCAAUAGUCAUGGAAUAUGCAGCAGGUGGGGAGCUCUUUGAACGCAUUUCUAAAGCUGGGCGCCUUAGCGAGGAUGAGGCCCGAUUCUUCUUUCAACAAAUCAUAUCAGGGGUGAGCUAUUGCCAUUCUAAGCAAAUCUGUCACAGGGAUUUGAAGCUGGAAAACAUACUGCUGGAUGGGAGUCAUGAGGUAAUUCCUCGUAUCAAGAUCUGUGAUUUUGGUUACUCAAAGUCUUGUUUGCUUCAAUCUCGGCCCAAAUCCACUGUGGGAACGCCUUUCUACAUAGCCCCGGAGGUUUUAUCAAGGAAAGGAUACUACGAUGGCAAGGCUGCAGAUGUGUGGUCAUGUGGUGUAGCACUCUAUGUCAUGUUAGUGGGAGCUUAUCCGUUCCAGGAUCCCCAUCAUCCAAGUGAUUUGAGAAAGACUAUCGAGCGCGUAUUGAAGGUGCAAUACAGGAUUCCGGAUUGUACUGCAGAAUGUCGUAACCUUCUGUCAAGAAUUUUUGUUGCAGAUCCUGCCAAGAGGAUCACAAUUCAGGAGAUUCGAAAUCACCAGUGGUUCGUCAAGAAGUUAAGAGCAGAUUUGGUAGAUGCAGGAGACAGUAAGAGGGUAGACAUUAAUGGGUAUGAUGAGGAAGGUCAGAGCAUGGAUGAGAUAAUGAGGAUGAUAGCAGAGGCCAGAAUACCUACAUCUCAGGGAUUAGGGCUGGGGCGAUACUGCCUUGAGGUCGAUGAUAUGGUGGAUUAGUGGGGAAUUUUCCUUUCACUUGGGGGUUUCUGUCAGGUUUCAAGCAUCUGCCAUCAAAAUCAUGCUGCUUCUGCAUGUCUCCAAGCUUAUGCUCCGUGAUCUUAUGUUUGCAUGCCUAACAUGCAAGGUGAACAGCAACUUAUCUCCGCCCUUUUCACCGCAAGCUUUGUUCAAUGCGCUUCUUCUUCCUUUAUUACCUCCGCAAUUUCUAUUUGCUGCGGUGGU